GCAAAGCUCUAUCACAGGACUGCUCAGUAUUUUCGUAAUGGCCAUUAUAAUCGUAUUGCUGGUCGGUGUUAUUUCGCUCGCCGUAUGGUGGGUUCAUCAAAACUUUUCUUACUGGAAACGUCGCGGCAUUCCGCAUGACCCGCCCAAUAUUCCGAAGGGGAAUACUAGCGAGCUUAUGAAGACAAGACAAAUUGCGGAUCUCUUCCGGGAAACCUACUUCAAAUACAAGGGCAAGACCGAUGGACCAUUUGUAGGAUUUUACCUCUAUCUGAAGAAAAUUGCGAUUGUCACUGAUAUUGAUUUUGUGAAAACUGUAUUGAUCCGCGAGUUUGACAAGUUUCACGAUCGCGGACUUUUCCAUAAUGAAAAAGACGACCCCCUGACCAAUCAUCUAGUGGCCAUCGAAGGCCAAAAGUGGCGACAGCUCCGCCAAAAGAUGACCCCCACAUUCACUUCGGGAAAAAUGAAGAUUAUGUUCCCCACAGUACUGGAAAUUGGCAAUGAGAUGAUCCGGGUAUUCGCUGAGAAAAUAGGGCCCCAGCCCCUGAAUGUCGCCGAUCUGGUGUCCCGCUUCAGCGCAGAUGUGAUAGGAAGCUGUGCCUUCGGCCUGGAGUGCAACAGUUUGCGGAACCCCAAUGCAGAAUUUGUCACCAUGGGCAAGGCUGCCAUCACUGAGCGGCGCUAUGGAAAAACAGCGGACUUGUUCUUUUUCGGUGCACCUAAGCUGGCAGCCAAGUUGCGAAUGAAGGAGACCGUCCAGAAAGUCGAGGAUUUCUAUAUGAAAAUCGUUAGAGAAACCGUCGACUAUCGGUUAAAGAAUAAUGUCAAACGAAACGAUUUCAUGGACAUGCUGAUCGAUAUGAAGAUCAAUUACGAUAAGGGCAACAAGCAGGAUGGCAUCAGUUUUAACGAGUUGGCAGCCCAGGCUUUUAUUUUCUUCUUGGCUGGCUUCGAUACCUCUUCGACUUCGUUGGGUUUCGCUCUCCAUGAACUGGCCGUUAACCAGGACAUCCAGGAUAAGCUGAGGACGGAGAUUGACACGGUGAUGGCGAAACACAACGGCCAAUUGAACUAUGAUAGCAUGCGGGAGCUGACGUAUCUGGACAAGGUCAUCGAUGAAACCUUCCGAAAGAAUCCCGUUGUGGGUCAUUUGAUUCGCAUAUGCACUCAGCGGUACGAGCAUCCCAAUGGAAAGUAUUUCAUUGAGCCAGGCACUGGCGUUGUUAUCCCCACCUUGGGUAUUCAUCACGAUCCCGAGUUCUAUCCGGAGCCGGAGAAGUUCAAACCCGAGCGUUUCGACGAGGAUCAAGUGCUGCAGCGACCUCCCUGCACUUUCCUGCCCUUCGGUGACGGUCCGCGAACCUGCAUCGGCCUACGCUUUGGCCGCAUGCAGAUCGUGGUCGGACUGGCCCUGCUUAUUCACAAUUUCAAGUUUGAGGUCCACCCCACAAAGACGACUGUGCCGCUCAAGUUCAAGGUCACCGAUGUUCUCUUAUGUUCCGAAGGAGGAGUCCAUCUCAAUGUUAGCAAGGUUCCGCGAUAAUCAAAUUAAAUAAUAUCGAAUAUAAUUACUUGAGAUUUAAACAAUAAAGCGCGGUGGCAGAUGGAAAAAAA